AUGACCCCAUUGAGUGAGCUAUCCAUGAACAGGGGGGAGCACUGGACUUCUCCUAAUUCCCAACACUUGUACCUAAACAAACGGCUUGCCGAUUUCGAAAACCGACUCCAACGACCCGAUCUGGACGACGGUCGAGGCGGCAAGAAGACGGCGGCGAGCGUUGUCCUCACCGCCUGCCGCAAGAUUCAGCAGAGACUCAGCUCGAGGAGGGGCAACAGGGGCCGACCGUGA